AUGGAGGUUCUCAACCCCCGUUCCGCUCUGCUCUCCAACUAUGAAGUCCUCACCCUCCUCCGCGAGCUCGAGAGCGACCACUUGACUCGCACCAAAACCGCUCUGCGCAUCAAGAAGGAAGAGGAGCUUGCAGGCACCUCAACAACAAAAUACCAGCCAUCGGCCGAAGAAAUAUCCGAGAACCUUAGGACGAUUGAGGUCGAGGCCAUCCAGUAUCUUUCUGCAGAUUACCAGCCCACGGGCUCGCAGACAGAAGCCAGCAUCACCCAGCUCAUGCGCAGCCUCGCCACAUAUAGCUUGACCAAAGCCGAAAAGCUGCAAAUCGUGAAUCUGGCACCGACUGAAGCAGUCGAACUAUACGUUGUAGUCGAGGAAUUAGAGGAACGAUUCGGUGAAGAGAUGGAGGACAUGCUUGGUGUCGUGCGUUCAUCACUCUCGAACCAGGCAGCGGCGGUCUCGGACGGAAUACAACCCAGUGCAGCUGGCGUGGAGGGCGACGCGCAUCAAGAUAUGGAGAUUGUAUACAACGCGGAUGAUGACCAGCAACAGUAUAUGGAGGACGGUGCAUGGGAAUAUGAUCCAAACGAAAUGCUCUUCGAUGACACAGGCGAGGGUGCAGGCAUUGAGGGUGACCUCGACGUGGAGGAUGACUGA